UAUCCUUGGAAAGUCAGAACCGUUGCUGCGGACAUACCAGCUACAUACAUUCAUGUCUCCUUCCGUUUUCUCCGUAACCAAGAUUCUCUAUAAAUAAAAAAGUUAAAAACAACACAAAACAAAAAAGAGAGUGAGUGAGUGAUUAAGCUCAGAGCUUGUUGUGAUCUCACUCAGAAAUGGGAAUGAAGCUGAUUCUAAUAGCUCUUGCCUUUGUUUCUGUGGUUACAAACGAGGCUAGAUCUGAGCCUUUGUUAGAAAACGAUGCCGUUUCACUGGCUGCAGCGCCCGGACCUAAGCCUCUCACCGUACCUCUCACUCUUAUUCAGGGAGCUGCUUCCAAAGGAGCUGUAUGUUUGGAUGGAACAUUGCCUGGUUACCACUUUCAUCCUGGAUUUGGAUCUGGGGCAAAUAGUUGGCUCAUUCAAUUGGAGGGAGGAGGUUGGUGUAAUAACAUCAGAAGUUGUGUCUUUAGAAAAACUACUCGUCGCGGUUCCUCAAAAUUCAUGGAAAAGCAACUACCAUUCACGGGGAUAUUGAGCAAUAAAGCUGAAGAAAACCCUGAUUUCUUUAAUUGGAACAGAGUCAAAGUACGGUAUUGUGAUGGGGCAUCUUUCAGUGGAGAUAGUCAAAAUGAGGCUGCAAAGCUUCAAUUUCGAGGACAAAAAAUAUGGCAAGCUGCAAUAGAGGAAUUAUUGUCCAAGGGAAUGCAGAAGGCCAACCAGGCUCUUUUAUCUGGAUGCUCUGCGGGUGGUCUAGCAUCUAUAAUACAUUGUGACGAGUUCCGAAGCUUGCUUCCUACAUCCACCAAAGUGAAAUGUUUGAGUGAUGCAGGGUUUUUCCUAGAUGCAGUUGAUGUAUCUGGGGGUCACACACUGAGGAAUUUGUUUGGAGGUGUAGUUAACUUGCAGGAAGUGCAAAAAAAUCUGCCAAAAAGUUGUCUCAACCAACUGGACCCAACUUCGUGCUUUUUUCCUCAGAAUUUGAUCAACCAUGUUAAGACUCCAUUGUUUCUACUGAAUGCAGCUUAUGAUGCAUGGCAGCUCCAAGAAAGUUUGGUCCCACCUUCAGCAGAUCCCAGUGGCUCUUGGAAAGAUUGUAAAUAUAAUCAUGCACAUUGUAACUCAUCUCAAAUUCAGUUUCUUCAAGACUUCAGAAAUCAAAUGCUAAAUGACGUGAAAGGCUUCUCAGGGACAUCUCAAACCGGGUUAUUCAUAAAUUCUUGUUUUGCUCAUUGCCAGUCUGAGAGACAAGAUACAUGGUUUGCUGAUGACUCUCCACUCAUUGACAAAACGCCAAUUGCAAUUGCUGUUGGAGACUGGUAUUUUGAUCGGAAAACUGUCAAAGCUAUCGACUGUGCUUACCCCUGUGACAAUACCUGCCAUAAUCUGGUCUUCAAUGCUGGUAGAUCUGCUGUGGUGGACUACCAGUCCACAAGUGAUGAUGACACAUCUACCAUCACCAUGAUAUAUUCCCGCUCCACGAGUCUGUCUUUUAGUACUGGCCUGUAUAUGCUUAGUGUUUUAUUGCCAAUUACAUGUUCCUAUUCCUAGUGCACCAUGGCAUGUACACAGUUUUAGCCCAAAAAAGCAAAUGCACUAUGGGCAGGUUCGAAUGUACCUGUUCAAUCUUCCACUCAAGGCACUUACGAUUAUCUGUCAGCUGUUAAUUACUCGGUUUAAGGCCUGAAGUCAGCAAUACAUGUUUUAGGACGUAGUUUCCUCGUCUAAUCAUCUAAUUAGUUGCAGCCAAUUGCAUGGUUUACUUUGUAAUCUCAAUUUCGGUUGCAAAGGAGUUCAAGAAAGGGGUUAUUGAAAUUUGAAUUACAUCAAGGUGCUACAUAAUUAUAAACACUACCUGCUCAAAAUGGAACAGUUGGCAUAUGAUGUUUGUGUUGUAGUUUGAAGAAAAAAGCGCUCGCUACAAUUAACAUUAUUAAGGUGUUAGGUUAUUGAAGUUUGGAUGGCAUCAGGAUGCUAUAUAAAGACAUACAAGUUUAGGGUUUAGGGUUUAGGGUUUACAGAAGUUUGGAUGACAUCAGAUGCAAUAUAAAGACAUACAAUCACAAGUUUUACAGAAGGGAUACAAGGAGUAGAACGUGUGCAGGUUACAAAGGUUACAACAAUCCUAUAAUUGUAAAGAAAU